AUGAAGCCGUCAACACGCAUUCCGCUUCGUCUUUUCACGGCGCCUUCGCCAUUGACGUUGUCGACUCGACGGUCAUGUGCCCUCAACCUUAAUGCGAGAGCCAUCUCGACGACGCCCCUCAAGCCCGCCGAGGUCGCACCCGUGGUCGGCACCGGCCCGCCACCGGAACCGCCCAUCGCUGACAUCGCCGCCGAGGACCGGGCCGCCGCGGCGCGAAUCCGCGUCGAGAGGAGGAAGAGGCAGGCCGAGAUGCUAAAGCACGCCAAGCAGAUUCGGACGUCGGCGGAGGCCAAGUCGAGCAAGCCCGGCGCUCUGAAGAGGAGGUUUUGGAAUGAUGUUACUGUGCAAGAGGUUGAUGGCGCCCUCCAAGUCCACCUCGACUCCCGCCCCCUCCGCCACCCCAAUACCAAGGAAAUCAUCCGCCUGCCCCCCUCCAAGCAGCACCUCGCCUCAGCCCUGGCCAUCGAGUGGGACCUCAUCACCUCGGCCGAGCAGGCGACGAAGCAGCACCUGAUCCCCCUGACCUCGCUCAUCUGCCGCGCCAUCGACAUCGCCGCCGACGACGCCGCGAACGAGGGCAAGAUCCGGGAGCAUGUCACAAACACGCUGAUGCGGUACCUCGACACGGACGCGAUGCUCUGCUGGGCGCCGCCGGCGGGUGCGACAGAUACGCGCAACGAUGCGGGGGAGUCGCUUCGAGACGUGCAGAAGAGGACGGCGGAGGCGGUCGUUGGGGCGGUGACGCGCCGGGUGUGGCCCGGUAUUGAGAUCAACCCGGUCUUGGACGGGCAUAGUAUCGUGCCGCAGAGGCAGGCGGAGGGGGUGAGGGAGGUGGUGCAGGGGUGGGUCAUGGGGCUUGACGCGUGGGAACUGACGGGGCUUGAGAGGGCCGUGCUGGCGGGCAAGAGUCUUGUCGGGGCGGCGAGGUUGGUUGUUGAGUGGAGCGAGGGUCCCGUGGGGGAGUACCGCGACAGCAACAGCGGCAAGUUUGGCGUCGAGGAGGCGGCUACGGCGUUGAGUUUGGAGGUUACGUGGCAGACGGGCGCGUGGGGCGAGGUGGAAGAUACGCACGAUGUCGAGAAGGAGGAUCUGAGGAGGCAGCUUGGCAGUGUUGUGCUGCUUGUCUCUGGCACGAACCGUAGGUGA